AUGGAUGAACAAUCAACAACAUCAGUCUCUCAAGAAACUUACGACCCCUAUCGUAUACCACUCUUUACCUAUGUGACACGCACAUCUUCUACCUCCUACACGACAGACAUUCGCCUCUUCUUUGCCAUCACAGCCUUGACUGCGGUCAUUGUGUAUGCAAGAGGUUUUGGAUGGGAGUUUAUGUUGCUGCUUCUGGCUGGAGGAAUGGCAGUAUGGAAAACUGCAAAACCGAGAGAGGGCAUGGAAUUCAAGAGAGUGAGGCGGGCAUUGAGAGCAUAA